AUGCUUCUUCUAAACAAAAAACGAGACGAAAAUCGCAAUGACAUCAACUAAAUGCCACAUAGCUAGAUGUCGUCUAGACCUCCGCAGAGUUAGCGUGGUCCUCAAAUACUUUUAAAGAAAGACUUUCAAAACUUUGGAGUUAACAAGAUCUAGAAUCUACAAAAAGUGGUGAAAUUACAAUAGAUAUAGAACAAUGAUAUGUAUCAGUUAAAUAACGAAAUUUCAAAUAGAGUCAUCUCUCAGGCAUCAACAUAAUCUACAACAGUGCAGAAUUCAUAAGCAUCAUCUCGAGACAUUUCAGCGAUCUUCAAUAGCUCACUUAUGAAUCGGCCAAUUUUAGGAAGUAGAAAGGGUAGUCUGACUUAAUUUCCUCAGCCAUAGAUGCAAAUGUAGCUUGAUAUGGGAAUAUCAAGGCAAGGCCAAGGAUUUCCUUUGUAAAGUAUUCAAUUCUCAAAUGGUUCUCAUUAGUAAUAGCAUAUAUUAAAUCUUCAAAAACUCAAUAUCAGUAAUAGCAGCAAUAACAACACAAUUUCUGAUAGGUCUAACUUUGACGGACAAUCUUCAAGCAUCCAAACUUCUGCAAAAAUCACUCCUGUAAUUAAUAUGAAUAAAAUUAGGAAAAACUAAAAGCUUGAAUCAUUAGUACUCAACAAAUUGGCUGAAGAGUAGAUAUUCAGGACAUAAGUCGCAUACACCUCUAGAGCUUAGGACUAAAAUGAAUCAAGUGGAAACUUAUCUUAAAGGCCUCAAACUAUAAAUUCUCAUUAUCAAACUGAGCAAUCUUAGGUUUUUGACGAUUAGAGUAUUGUAAUAAGAAAGAAAUCGAAGUAUUAAUCUCCAGCUAAAAGAAAUGGCUCUCGUGAUAGCUCUGUCCAAUAGAGUCCGAGGAUAUCAAGAGAAAAGCUGAUUUUCACAGCUGAUAAGAGAAGAGGGUCUUGUAUUGAUCAAGAAGGUAAACCUUAACUUGAAAUUAGAGAGUAGUAAAAUUUGCUAACACACGCUAAGGUUUCUCGAAACAAUUCCAUGAAGAAACUUCACUCGAUUUAAAAUGGAUAUGAAUCUGAAAAUUUAGGAUGUAUUUAAAUCCAGAUAAAUUAAAAUGGACUUAUAGAAGAUUCCUAGCAGCAGAGCUAGGAUUAAAACCAUUAAUACACUCUUAAAAGAUCUAAUUCAAGUGCUUAGUGUGAGUUCAGGAAAAAUAUGCAAACAACUAGGCUAGGGGUGUCGAAGAAGAUCGUUCUACCAAAGAAUAAUUAAUUCUUGUUCAAAACUAGUUUAAAUCCAAAAACCUCUGGCAAAAAAUUAAAAAUACUAAGGACUGAGAGAGGUGGAAGCAGAUAAAACUAAUUAUAAUCUUUCAACUCCUAAACAUCGACUUUAUAAGGCUAGUAAUCUUAGCAUAGUACGAGUUAAUCCCAAUCAUCUAAUUAGCAUUAAUAAAAGCCUUAAUAAUAACAUUAACAACAGCAACAAAAUUACAUAAUAAACUUCAACAUAAGCUUCGGAUGUUUCCCAAAAGAGGAAACUUAUAAUCAGUAUUAUACUACAAACAACAUAAAUAAUACUAAUAAUACAAUAAUCAAUAAUCUUAAAUCAUUCAAUGACAGCAAAAAUUUAUCAGCAAGUGAUUUGGAAUUGCCUGGCUGCAGUUAGCUUCUUUACCAAGAUGUCAGUGUUUAGAUUGUCAAUAAGCCUAGUGAGGACAGCCAUGACUUAUAGUCUGAUGUAAUAAAGUCAAAGCGUCAUUUAUUCCAAAACAUCUCCAUUGAAUCGAAAAUCUCUCAGAGUAUGAUAAAAGAAGAGUUUGAUGAAAUUAGGAUGACUGUAAAGACACCCUGCUUUAACAAUAACAACAAUUUCUAAAAUUUAUCAUCCUCAAUAAAUAACUCUGACAAGCCCUAAACUAAACAUGUGUCUAGACUUAUGCUAUGA